AUGCGUAAAACGCAAAUAUGGGAAAAACGCAAGUAUGGGAAAAACGCAAGUAUGGGAAAAACGCAAAUAUGGGUAAAACGCAAGUACGGGAAACACGCAAGUACGGGAAAAACGCAAGUACGGGAAAAACGCAAGUACGGGAAAAACGCAAGUACGGGAAGAACGCAAGUACGGGAAGAACGCAAGUACGGGAAGAACGCAAGUACGGGAAAAACGCAAGUAUGGGAAAAACGCAAGUAUGGGAAAAACGCAAGUAUGGGAAAAUCGCAAGUAUGGGAAAAACGUAAAUAUGGGAAAAACAUAAAUAUGGGAAAAACGCAAAUAUGUGAAAAACGCAAAUAUGGGAAAAACGCAAAUAUGGGUAAAACGCAAAUAUGGGUAAAACGCAAAUAUGGGAAAAACGCAAGUAUGGGAAAAACGCAAGUAUGGGAAAAACGCAAGUAUGGGAAAAACGCAAAUAUGGGUAAAACGCAAAUAUGGGAAAAACGCAAGUAUGGGAAAAACGCAAGUAUGGGAAAAACGCAAGUAUGGGAAAAACGCAAGUAUAGGAAAAACGCAAAUAUGGGAAAAACGCAAAUAUGCGAAAAACGCAAAUAUGCGAAAAACGCAAAUAUGCGAAAAACGCAAAUAUGCGAAAAACGCAAAUAUGCGAAAAACGUAAAUAUGCGAAAAACGCAAAUAUGGGAAAAACGCAAAUAUGGGAAAAACGCAAGUAUGGGAAAAACGCAAAUAUGGGUAAAACGCAAAUAUGGGAAAAACGCAAGUAUGGGAAAAACGCAAGUAUGGGAAAAACGCAAGUAUGGGAAAAACGCAAGUAUGGGAAAAACGCAAGUAUGGGAAAAACGCAAGUAUGGGAAAAACGUAAACAUGGGAAAAACGCAAACAUGGGAAAAACGCAAACAUGGGAAAACGCAAACAUGGGAAAAACGCAAACAUGGGAAAAACGCAAACAUGGGAAAAACGGAAAUGUAG